AUGAGGAUUUAUCAACUGAACGGUAUAUUAACAUGCGAUCAUGAAGAAAACUUCGAUAAUUUAACACAGCUAAUAGCGCACUACAAACGUGACGCGGAUGGUCUGUGUCAUCGCCUUGUGACUCCAAUAAUUAAUGAUAAAUAUCGCAUUGCGCGGGAUUCGGAAUCUCUCGAUGACCGUAUACGGCUCUUUCAGCAAGCAUCGUUGGUGAUUCGUCGUGGCGAUUUGCGUCUCGGCGACACAAUUGGCCAUGGAGAAUUUGGAGAUGUUCUUCUGGGGGAUUACAAUGGUUUUCGAGUUGCAGUGAAAGUGCUGAAGCGUAAUGCCAUGGUGCAGUCGUUGUUGGAUGAAGCAAAAUUUAUGAUAGGUCUGAAGCAUACAAAUUUGGUUGCUUUGCUGGGUGUAGUGAUCGAUGAUGCCCGGGAAAUUCUAAUGGUCGAUUUUUUGCGUUCACGUGGACGUCACCAACUGGAAAAGGUGCAGCUAACACAGUUUGCAAUGGAUAUUUGUGAAGGUAUGAGGUUUUUGGAGUUGAAGAACGUAGUACAUCGCGAUCUGGCCGCGAGAAACGUUUUGUUGGACGAUGAACUUAGAGCGAAAAUCAGUGAUUUUGGACUUGCGAAAAAUGUGAACGAGUGCCAACUUGUGGAAAGUGGUGUUAGCAAAUUUCCUAUCAAGUGGACUGCACCUGAAGCUCUUCGGUACAGUGUAAGCUUUUUGAGAAUGUGUCAGUAA